AUGGGCAACACUCCUUCCCAUGCGGGGAGCCCGGCACGCCAAGGAGGCGCUUCCGACCUCGGACGCUCGGGCUCGACGUCGCGGCGACACGCCCCAAACCUCCGGCUACCCAUGCCGCAACGCGGCCAUGUCUCGCCUCAGACGUCCAACCCCACGUCCCCGUCUGGUGCGCGUCCUGGGUCCCCUCGUAGGAGGAAAUCACUCGAGCUGCCCGACCUGAACAAGCUGGCAUUCACACCAGCCGCCCCCGUGCCGACCACCGCAACCAACACGUCCAACCACCUCGCCAACUCGACAACGGCGGCGGUGGGAACGGCGGGAGGCAAAGGUGCUGCCGCUGCCGGCGCGACAGCUAGUCCACCCAGCACUGGCAAGAAGUGGCAGAACACGCUCGGCGGUCGUGUGUCGUCGCCACUGGCGGGCGGAUUGGCGCCCAUGUCCAAGGUCGACCCAGCGACAGUCGCAGCCUUUGGCGGCGCCGGCGGCGAUAUCACCGUCGUCCCCGUCAACGACAAUUCAACCUACUUUCCCUCCCAGCCCAUUCCUAUCCGGUCGCCGCGUGCCCAUGCUCCCGAUCUCCCAGGCCUCGAUCGGCCACACCCCCCGUCCGCCACCCGUCGACCCGAAGUCAAGCCCGUCGACACUCCCUUGCGCACGGGACUUACGCCCCCGCCGCCGACGGUGACGGCCACGCCCAGGCCGGUCGACGGCAUCAACGCAGCACCAGCUGCUGCUGCUGCUGCUCCCGCCACUGUCGGAGCUCCCAGCGAUGGCAUGGUGGAUGUGCCUGUGCAGUGGAAUGGCGGUGGCAAGGCCGUCUACGUGACGGGCAACUUUGCCGACAACUGGCGUGGAAGGAUCAAGUUGAAGAAGAGCACGCACGACUUCAACACCAUCCUUCGUCUGCCUCCUGGACAGUACCGCCUCAAGUUUAUUGUCGAUGAGAGCUGGCGCUGCUCAAAGGCCAUCCCCACGGCCACGGACGACGACGGCACGCUUGUCAACUGGAUCGAAGUCGAGGCACUCAAGACGGACGCCGAGAUGGCCGCCGAGUGGGCCAUGGAUUCAAAGCCCGUUCACAAGGCCGAGGACAUGGAUGACGCCCAGUGGACCGCGGACAUUCCUGCCCCGCUCGUCCUGUACCAGUACCUCGAGGAGCUGCCGCAAAUGUUCCCUCCCGACGUCCUCAAGCAGUAUGUCAGCACCACCCCGUACUUUUCGCCAGUCCCCAAGCCUCCUCAGCUGCCCCGUAUUUUGGAAAAGGUUAUUCUCAACUCGGACCCCCAGCGUCGUCCGGACCCCAUGCCCGUCGAACCCCAGGUCGUGACCGACGACAAUGCCAUCUUGCCCACUCCGAACCACACUGUCCUGGGUCACUUGAUGGCCAGUGCGAUCAAGAAUGGCACCCUCGGAGUGGCCACCUCGACACGCUACCGCAAAAAGUACUGCACCACCAUCUUCUUCCGGUCGUCGUCGCCUGUGCCACAGGACCCCGAGCCGGAGCACGCCCAGGACGCCGUCCCCGCGCCUGCCGCCGCCGCCGCAUAG